UUGUUGUUUGCCAACCACCAAGUGAAGGAAACGCGGUGUCACGUGACUAUCGGGGUCAUGUGACGCUACACGGAAGCUGUAAGCGUCGUCUUGAGUUUGUGUGGUGUUGCUUGUGAAGGCGAUUGAAACUGUAGGGAACGCAUUUAUUUCUAAACAGCCGACAUGGGUGUCUCAGAAGGAGAAGAGUCUCAUCUCCUACUGGAUGAAAAGCUGCUCUGUUUUAUGGAGCAGCUCGAGUUACUGGAGGAGAAACGAAACACUCUGAACUCCCUCAUCGAGCAGGGCUGGUUUUCCAUAAGCAAGGCACGCUAUUCUAUGGGAAACAAACAGGUUUCUGCUCUUCAAUUUGCAAACAAGAUGGAGCCUCUGGUUUCUGUGCAUGUUAGAACCUUGGAAAAUGCAAAGGUGGAAUUUUGCACUGAAAGAUCUUCACAAAAGUGCAGUGACGAAUCUACAAAAGAUCCAACAUCAGUAGAGGAUAUUGGGCCUCAAGAAGAAGGUAUCAGGCGGAGAAAAACGACAAAAAGCGGUGACAAAGAACAAAGGGAAACUGGGGGUACAGGCAGUGAGAAAGCUCCUGAGGUAAACCUGGUUGGUAAAAGAGACCAUAAUCCUCAGCAGGACCCACUAAACUGGUUUGGGAUUUUGGUGCCACAGUCUCUAAAACAAGCACAGUCAUCAUUUAAACAAGUAAUAGAGCUGUCAGCUGAGAUUGCAGCACUCCAGAUCGCGGUUUUAAACACCAGACAGGAGCUGAAGCACGACUUGAGAAGCCAUGACUCCCCUUCUGGUGCUAAACUAAAUGCCUCUGCUGGAUCGAAGCAGAGGAAGGCGGACCUUCCUUCAGCAAAUGAGAGUUAGUCCCUCAAGGUGUCAGACUCAGAAUAUCAGAAAAGUUCUUGCUGGAAAUAAAGGGUGGAAAUAACAGGCAGAGCAGGUUCUGUUUCAUGAACUAUUGUGGAUAAUUUUUCUUUAAUUUCUUGAUGUUUUUACUGCUAAAUGUGUAACUUAUUUGAAUUUGUGAAUAUAUGUUUGAAUUUCUAAUACAGAGGAAUUCCAACGCGGUUUGUGAAAGUUCCAGUAAACUGUCAUCGCAACUUUAAUAAAUGUAGAAUCAACUACA